AAUCAAAAGAAGAAUGAUAAAAAAUACAAAACCAUAAAAGAAAUUGAAGAAAGCUCCACAAAAGAACCAACUACCAAUAAUGAACCAUUUAAUUACCAUUCGCAGAAAAACCUAGACGAUAAAAUAGAUAAUGAAAAACCUCAAUUUAAAUCUAAUAAAAAAAGAAAUACAAGAAAUAGAAUGAUUAAUUAUUUUGAUGAAUCAAACAAAACUUGUGAAUUUCAAUCCUUACGAUCUACAAAAACGAAAUUUGCUAAUCUAUCUAAUUGCAUCACUUUUAGAAUGAAAGAAUUAGAUACAUUGAAUGGUUCAAUUGAAAAUAUCAAAUUGCAACUGAAAGAACUGAAAGGUUUGGUUGAAGAUUCCAAAAAUGAAAAAAGAGAUUUAUUACAAAAAUUUUGUCAUUCAGAAAAAGAUUUAAAACAAGUUCUAGAAUCACUACGUGAAGAUCAUUGUCAAUUAAACGAAGAAUGGACUUUUAUAAAAAGCUGGAGUGCAAAAAAAGAAAAAAUUCGAAAAGAAUUUUUUGAUUUAUAUAAUUUUUAUAAAUUUGGAGAGCGCAAUGGAGGUGUCCGUUAUAUUAAUG